GCGAUGAAGUCCUCGUAACGCCACACGAGACGCAGAGGCAGCGGCGGCGGGGGGCGGGGCUAAACCGCAUCUGGAUGAAAAACAUCUGGCCUCCGUCUCCACUGAUACCGGGGCCAGAGGACCGAGCAACGGAGCGACCGCCGCGGCUCUUCUCCCCGCAGAUGAUGGCUCGGUUCUGGAGGGUCUGCGCCGGGAUCUUCGUCCUGCUAACGGCCGGACCUCCGUCGUCUCAGACCUUCAGCCACCUGAGGUUCAACCUGUGCAGGUGGUGCGAGGCGACCGGCCCGCUGUGCAGAGACAGCGUCUGCUUCAGUAACUGCAGCCUGUCGUCCUUCUGCACCGCCACCGAGGAGAUCUGCGUGGCCGUCUGGAGAAAGAACAACGACACCAUGACGGUGCACACCAUGUGUCACAACCCCACCCUGCCACUCGAGGGCGUCGACCCGGAGCUGCUGCUGAACUUCACCACCGCCGAGUGUCACAUGGUCCCACAGCCGGCGGAGGAUGGAGACCUGAUGGUGUGCGGCUGUGACGGAGAGCAGGAGUGCAAUGACAAGCUCAUCUUCGACAAGGGAGCCAAUGGGUUCUCCAAGGUGCACAGUAAGGACGUAAUUCCGGUGGUGGUGGUCAGCCUGGUGCCGCCCGUCCUGGUUGCCAUAGUUGCCGCGGUAGCUUUCUACUUCUACCGCAUACGACGUCCCGACAAACCCGGCCCUCCUGCACGCCCCCCCUGGUCCACCAAUCACACCACGGAGCUCUACCAGGCUUUCGACCUGCCGCACGGGGGUCUGGGGGAUAGGGGAGAAGGUUUGAGGGGUCCCGGAGCAGAGGGGGCGGAGUCUAAUGGCAAAGUGCUGUCUCUCAACAACGGGAUCAUGGGUCACAUGACAGAUCGUCAGGGCCAGUUGAAUGACCCCUUGCCAAUCAAGCUGGAGGUCCUGGUGGGGAAGGGGCGCUUUGCUGAAGUGUGGAGGGCGCGCCUGGUGCAGGGCGAAAAGGCGGGAGUGAACACCUACGAAACAGUGGCGGUGAAGGUGUUUCCGAGCGUGGAGUACGUUUCGUGGAGAAACGAGUGCUCCAUCAUCUCUGACCCCAAACUGGAGCACGAGAACGUGGUUCGGUUCCUCGCUGCCGAUCACAGGAGCCUUCCCGGCCACGCCCUCGGGAAGUACUGGCUAGUCCUCGCCUACCACGGCCUCGGGAACCUGCAGGACUUCCUCACGGUCAACAUACUGGGCUGGGAGGAGAUGGUUGCUAUGGCUGCCAGCAUUGCCAGAGGGUUAGCUCAUCUACAUAGCGACACAACACCCAGUGGGAUACCAAAGGUGCCGAUAGCCCACCGGGACCUAAAGAGUAGUAACAUUGUGGUGAAAAAUAGGAGGGAAUGCGCCCUGUGUGACUUCGGUCUGGCGCUACGACUGGACCUUUCCCUCACCGUGGACGACUACGCCAACAGCGGACAGGUGGGGACGGCUCGCUACAUGGCCCCUGAGGUUCUGGAAUCCAGAGUGAACCUGGAGGACCUCGAGUCCUUCAAGCAAAUGGAUGUUUACUCCAUGGCUCUGGUGCACUGGGAGAUGGCCUCCCGCUGCCUCGCCAUCGGAGAGGUGAAGGGCUACGAGCCGGCGUUUGGCUCUCGGGUCUGCGAGCAGCCCUGCGUGGACAGCAUGAGGGACUUGGUGCUGAGGGACCGAGGACGGCCCGACAUCCCGUCAGCGUGGACGCAGCACCGGGGGAUGGACGUCUUCUGCUCCACCGUCACAGAGUGCUGGGAUCACGACCCCGAAGCCCGGCUGACGGCUCACUGCGUGGUGGAGCGUUUCAACGUGCUGCAGGCGGAGGAGGAGCAGGCGGAGGAGGAGGAGGAGGAGCAGGAGCCGAGGCGAGGCACUGAUAGAGAAGAGGGAGGAGACAGAGUAAAGGACUCAGAGACGCCAGACGGUAACCAGAGUCCUUCCAUCUCCUCUGCUGCUUCCUCCCUUCAGCCUCUCCACAUGGCCCAGCAGGACUCAAAGACAAGUGGCUCCGAGGUAUCCCACGAUUCACUCCUUCACACCAGCUCUACCAUGUGAGCGCCACUGUGGUCCCGCGCUACGAGCCCUCCGGCCUCCUGCCGCGUUUACACGCUUAUCUUGUUUUAACAACAAAUGUUAGUGACUUUAGCAGCUGAUAGCGAAGAGACUGACACUCACAAUGUAAUGUACAGCAGGAAGGCUAAUGCUAACAGCUUACCAACAGGUCACGGGAACGGGAAGGCUAAUGCUAACAGGUUACCAACACAUGAUUGGAACGGGAAGGCUAAUGCUAACAGAUUAUCAACUAGUGAUGAAAGAGAAAGGCUAAAUCUGACAGUUUACAUAAUAGCCAACAGGUGAUGAUCAAGAAAGCUAAUGCUAACAGCUAGUCAACAGAUGACAGGAAAAGGGAGGCUAAUGCUAACAGCUAGUCAACAGGUGAUAGGAACAGGAAGACAUGGAAGUCUUUUAGGAACACUGAUGCUGAUGGAUAGUCAACAGGUGAUAGGAACAGAAAAGCUAAUGCUACAGCUAGUCCACAGAUAAUACAGACAGGAAGGCUAAUGCUACAGCUAGUCCACAGAUAAUACAGACAGGAAGGCUAAUGCUACAGCUCGUCCACAGAUGAUACAGACAGGAAGGCUAAUGCUACAGCUCGUCCACAGAUGAUACAGACAGGAAGGCUAAUGCUACAGCUAGUCCACAGAUAAUACAGACAGGAAGGCUAAUGCUACAGCUCGUCCACAGAUGAUACAGACAGGAAGGCUAAUGCUACAGCUCGUCCACAGAUAAUACAGACAGGAAGGCUAAUGCUACAGCUCGUCCACAGAUGAUACAGACAGGAAGGCUAAUGCUACAGCUCGUCCACAGAUGAUACAGACAGGAAGGCUAAUGCUACAGCUCGUCCACAGAUGAUACAGACAGGAAGGCUAAUGCUACAGCUCGUCCACAGAUGAUACAGACAGGAAGGCUAAUGCUACAGCUCGUCCACAGAUAAUCCGCUUCCGCUUUUGCUUCAGAGAGGUAUCUGGAGCUGCAUCCGCCAAGAGAUCCGCCCUCCUCUGACUCUGAUUGGUUUGUUUCAGGUUCACGACGAAUCAAACCAACGAUGGCAGCGAGUUUUAUCAGAGGCAGAAUAGGAGAAUAGUCUUCCCAGAAGUCGGGUAGGAUUCAUUCGCAUGGGAUGCUGCAUUGAAGACAUCUCGGAAAAUACGGGACAAAUCUCGUCCCUAUUUUGUUCUCAAAUACGAGACGAUUCCGUAUUUUAAGGGAUGGGAGGCAACAAUCGGUAAUAACAACAAGAAUGCUAAUGCUAACAGCUAGUCAACAGAUAAUAAGAACAGGAAUGCUAAUGCUAACAGCUAGUCAACAGGUGAUAAAACAGGAAACCCGUCGACCAUUGCGUCACUCACAAGAUGUCACUCCAAGUUUUCUUGAAGACUUGAGACGUGCUAAUGCUAACGGCUAGUUAACAGGUUAAAGGAACAGGGAGGCUCAUGCUAACAGCUAGUCUACAGCUGAUUGUACCAGGGAGGCAAAUGCUAACUGAUAGUUCUGCUGGCAGAGAUACAAGCAUUUAUGUAUUUUAAGUGUUGUAACGUUAAAUGUUUUGGGAGCUGGCCUCUGUUGUGUUGUUGUUUUAGUGGGAUUAUAAUCUAUAAUCUACUCGUAUGAAAAAACUGGACAUAAAGUUAUUUAAAGAACUAAACCUGUUAUGGAAAUUCAACAAUUUCGAAAUUUACAAUUAAUAUGACAAGAUAACACUAAAGGAAUCCCAAUGAUGAUAAAUACAUUUUUGUUUUGAAACACAAAUACCGAAAACCACUUAAGCAUCUCCACAUUUGUUUUGUAAUAAAGUAUUUUGUGUCAUUGAGCAGU